UAAGUGAAUAUGAAAGAUUACAGCAGUUGGCAAAUGAUGUUGCAAAAAAGCAAGAUUACUAAUUGAGUCCAUUGUUUAAUUCAGUAAUAUUAAUACCAAUUAUCCAAGGCAAAUUAGAGAGGAACGCAUACAAAUAUUCAGUUUACAGUAUACAUUUUCCCAACCUAAUUUAUUUCUCUGUAAAAAUCUUUCUAUUUCAUUGGGCCUCUGUCUGUCUGAUGCUUUAGUGAGAAUUAGGGAAUAAGUCUGUGUGAAUUAGCAAACGUUCCUUAUUAGAGCGUGUUGGAUUCUGUUUGUGUGAGGGUGCAAAUACAUCAUUUGAGCCCAAACUGCUCUGUAUUCUCACUUUAGCAGCUCACAUUAAGGGCGAUUUGAGUGUUGACUCGGUCCGCAGUGAGCCGGAGGAGAGCCUGUGCGUAUUUGUUUAAAAGUCUUUUAGCAGUUCAUAAAGACGGCCUUCCUCUGCUGCUCCUCUUCCUGUUGGCUUUCUGUUGUCAAGGCUUUGCUAAGUCUCUUUGAUUUCCCCGUCCUCCAAUCACAUUAUGACAUUGACUCAUCACUGGGCCACUUCAAAGGGUGCGAAUGGGGGCCCAAGCCCCGCCCACUCACCGAGUCCCCUUAAAGCUGGCGGGCGUCCUCAGUGCUUCUCAGAAAGCUGACCAGCAUCACAGCAUCUCCACACCUUUGGACUUAUCUGAUAAAUACUUGGAUCUUACUGGAGCUUUACUAGAGAGAACCCUUAUGGAGGGUUUGGCAUUGUGACUGAACACGCUUGCAGGAGACACAUAAACUUCCAUCGUCUUUUUCUUUUACUACCGCUUGAUUUCUGUGGCAGAAAAAGAAAAGCUUGAAGAAAUGCAGGCCAUUAGAGACCUCAAACACAACUUCAGCAUCCCUCCUACAUCUGCAAUGGCUGGGGCUACUGACCCCUAUCUCCAAAGCAACAUCAGGAUGACCCUGGAGGACCCUGAGCUCUGGAAGUCCUUCCAUGAGAUUGGAACUGAGAUGAUCAUCACCAAGCCUGGCAGGAGAAUGUUCCCACACUGUAAGAUCAACAUUUCUGGACUUGUGCCAUAUGCAAAGUAUAUCCUGCUGGUGGACAUGGUGCCUGAAGAUGGCUACAGAUAUAAGUGGAAUAAGGAUAAGUGGGAAGUAGCAGGGAAGGCGGAGCCUCAGCCACCGUACAGAACGUACCUUCACCCAGACUCCCCCGCCCCGGGCAGCCACUGGAUGAAGCAGGCCGUCUCCUUCCUCAAGAUGAAGCUCACCAACAACGCCCUCGACCAGCAUGGACAUAUCAUCCUGCACUCCAUGCAUCGCUACCAUCCACGAUUCCACAUCGUCCAGGCUGACGACCUGUACAGCGUACGUUGGAGUGUCUUCCAAACUUUCACUUUCCCAGAGACCUCCUUCACUGCUGUCACUGCAUACCAGAACACCAAGAUCACCAAGCUGAAGAUCGACAACAACCCUUUCGCCAAAGGCUUCAGAGACGAGGGUACCAACUCUAAAAGACGUGCCAACAGAACUUCUGAUCCCGAGAGGCUGGCUAAGAGGCUCAACUCCAUGGUUAAUGACUCGGAUCAAGUUCAAGACAGCCCACCAGGCAUAUGUCGCUCCUCUUAUGAAGGCCUGGAAGAGGAGAGAGCAGCUCUUAAGGAAGCAGAGGUGAAAGAGGAGCGCUACUCUCCGUGGGGAAGCGCAUCAGAUCGGGAGAGCCACGGAUUGGGCAGGGAAUCCCCGCUGGGUUCUGAUGCUCGAGAUAUGUACAGUACGGAACAGCUUGUGCCAGGACACAGCACGUACCAGCCGUACAGGUUCCACGAAUACGGCAAGUCCCCCUCUCCGUCCUCCUCUUCAUCCAGCCUGGGCAGCAGCAGCAGCAGCGGCAGCGUGGGGCGCUCCAGCUUUGAGUCUCGAGUUCCUGAUGUAGCCACCGUCCCAGACCAGGAUGGAAAGCCCUCAGCCCACGAAGCUGCCCUUCCCCACUGCCCCCCUCACCCCUCAGCCCCCUCCCAGGACUACGCCGGGGUGCUGAACAUGGCCGUGCCCCAGUCCAAGCCGGCCAUACUUGGACACCCUCUGUACACCCCGUACGGCACUGAGCAGGCCCUGGGCCAGUGGGCCAGCGGGACAGGGUCGGCCCAGUACCCUCCUCCACCUCCUCCACCUCCACCCCACCAUCACCCCCACCACCACCACCAUCUGACCACAGACUACAGCGCUCAGGCCGCCCAUCACGGCUACCACCACGGCAAUGUGGGCGACUGGAGCCAGUACCCGCUUUUCUCCUACUCCUGCUGGUGAGAUGUGAGAUGUGACCGCAGACAGACAAAUGGACUCUUGUGAGUCAUAAUGUCAGUCACAAGAAGAUGGACACAAGGUUCAGCGGUCAUACAGGACCAGGAGAGGCCUUGGAGAGUGACCUCCACCUAGAGCAGUUCAGGAGACCAAGUUAGCAAGUUAAAGAUUUAAGGAGAUUCAUUGUUUUCUUGGAGAUUUUGAACACUUUAACACUGAGCUAAUGGUGUUAGCAUGAUGGUCAGAUGGCAAGUCGAUGGCUAUUCAAACUGUGUGCAGUUUCAGGAGCUGCUUGCCCGAAGCUGCUCCCCAAAAGCCUUGAAAACUGAAACGUGUGAAAAUGAUGUUUAUUUAUUUUGUGAAUGGUUUUGCUGCUGGUAAAUAUUAUUAUAAUGGCAAUACUUCGCUUUGACGGUCCACUGUAAAUGCUUAGCUCGUCUUAAACUGAAUGAUAACACUUACUCUAACCUUAACCUUAACUUCAUCCCAAGUGGGCCAUUAAAGUGAAGCAUGAGGAUUAUUUUUGUAAAAUAGCUGAAAUGUGUGCUGUAAAAAGCCUGUAUAUAAUCUACAUUGUGAGUGAAAAUGAAGUCAGUAAAUAUUGUCUAAAACA